CCUGCUGGGAGAGCACGUCUCCGCCGCCGCUCCGCCGGUUUGAACGUGGCGGGCCCGAUGUGGGCGGCGGGGCGGUGGGGGGCUGCUCGGCCCCCUUCCCACGCCUGGUUCCCGGCAGACUGCAGCGCCCGGUCGCGGCCUUCCUCGGGCUCCGUCUCCGCGCUCACGGCGGACGCCCGCGGGCAGGGGCUGGAGGCGGUGGCGGUGGCGGUGCGCUCGCCAUCCCCGCGGCUGAGCUGCAGCGAUUCCACCCGCUCGCUCUUGUCUCCCCUCUGCCGCCAGAGCUUCGCGUUUGACGACGACGGCGACGCGGCGGAUGAAGAAGAAGUGGACGAAGAUGCCCACGACUCGGAGGCCGAGGGGGCGAGCCCGGGAGGAGUGGAGUUGCAGGGGCGCGCCAGGGUGGUUGAAUCCAAAGAUAACCAAGAAGAACAGAAACAGGUGUGCUUACCAGAGAGCAGCCUGACGCCAUGGGAAGUGUGGUUUGUUGGCAAAGAAAAAGAAGAACGUGGCCGCCUGCAACAGAAAGCUCUAGAGGAAUUAACUCAACAGCUAGAAAAAAUAAAAGAAAAGGAAGAACGUGAAAAAAGAAAGAUAAUUGCUGAAGAAAAACACAAGGAAUGGGUUCAGAAAAAGAAUGAACAGAAAAGGAAAGAAAGGGAACAAAAAGUUACUAAAGAAAUGGAAGCAAAAGCAGCAAAGGAACUGGAGAAAGAGCAUUUGCAAGAAAAAGCAAAAGAAAAAUAUCAAGAAUGGUUAAAGAAAAAAAAUGCUGAAGAAUGUGAGAAGAAGAAGAAAGAAAAGGAAAAAGAAAAACAACGUCAAGCUGAAUUGCAGGAAAAGAAAGAAAUAGCAGAAAGAAAGUUUAAGGAAUGGUUGGAAAAUUCAAAAAAUAAACCUCGUCCAGCUGCAAAAAGCUAUGGUUAUGCCAAUGGAAAACUUACAGGUUUUUACAAUGGAAAUUCUUAUCCAGAACCAGCCUUCUAUAAUCCAAUUCCAUGGAAACCAAUUCAUGUGCCUCCUCCCAAAGAAGCCAAGGAUCUAUCUGGAAAAAAGACCAAAAGGCCUGUGAUAAGUCAGCCACAAAGAUCUUCAUCUCUGGUAAUUCAUAAAGCCAGAAACAACCUGUGCCUUGGAACUCUGUGCAGAAUACAAAGAUAGUAGAUGUGGGAAAUGGCAUGCUUUUACCUGUAGAUACUUAAUUUUAAAAUCAGAAGUUUUUUUACUGCUCAGUUGGUAGUUCAACAUUUGAUGUGAUUAUUGACAAGUUCAAAUUUUUGCAUUUAUAUAUGGAGUCCUUAGAAUUUAUUAAGGAAGAUAUUUUAUACAUUUUCAUGUUUUUAAAUGCUUCAAGAUUGAUCUUGGCAUAUUGUUUUGAAGGGUAAGUGACUAACAAUUGUGUUUGUAUUUACCUUGGAUUAAAACCACUGUGACACCUAAAUAAAUAAAUAAAUAAAUAAAUAAAUAAAUAAAAGCACUGUGAUACCAAUAAA